AUGGUCAAGACCACUUACGCCCUUACGCUCUUUGCUGCUGUCAGCAUUGCUGCGCCUGUUGCUCAGCCUGAUGGUAGCGGUAACCUCCUUGGUGCUGGUGCUGAUGGUGCGCUAAACAAGCUUGUUUCUAAGCUCACUGGUCGUUCCGAGAAGGAGGGCUCGUCGAACAAGCACAAGAACCUCAUUGAGGAUAUUCCCAUUCUGGGACCUAUGCUUGGAGAGAAGCAUGAUGCUAAGCGUGGUCACUCAGAGUAUGAGUCUGCUCACCACAACUUGAUCGAUGAAAUCCCAAUCAUCGGCCAGUUGUUUGGUAAUGACAAGUCUAACAUGGACAAGGGCAAGGAGCGUCGUGACCUGAGCGAUGGUCUCAAUGGUAUCCCCUUCCUUGGUGGCUUGUUCGGCAAGCACGAGCACACUGGCGGAUACAACGGCCUGAACGCUCACCAGAAUAAGGGCCGAAACGCCCGUCAGAAUGAUGAUCAGAACGCUGGACAGAACGAGGGCCAGAAUGAGGGCCAGAAUGAAGGCCAGAACGCUGGUCAGAAUGAAGGCCAGAACGCUGGACAGAACGAGGGACAAAACGAGGGACAAAACGAGGGUCAGAACGCUGGUCAGAACGCUGGUCAGAACGAGGGUCAGAAUGAGGGUCAGAACGAGGGCCAGAAUGAAGGCCAGAACGCUGGUCAGAACGAAGGCCAGAACGAAGGCCAGAACGAAGGCCAGAAUGAAGGCCAGAAUGAAGACCAGAACUACGCCCAGAACGGCGGCCAGAACUCCAAGCGAGACCUCGGUGGCCUCAGCAACCUCCCGAUCGUUGGAGAUCUCCUCAGCAGCGAAAAGCCCGGUCAUAAGGAGACCGACGAGCCCGCUAAGCACCUCGACACCCGUCAGGCCGGAGGAAACGCCAAAGGCAUCUUCGGCAUCCUGCAGUCCCUGACUAGCGGCAAUCCCAUUCACAAGAGCCACGCAAAGCGCGAGGAUGAAUUCUCCCAGCUUGACCCCUUCAGCGACGUCGUUGACGGCGCCGUUGCCUCGGGUAUGGAAGCUGAGGGCGCUGCUAUGCCUGUCCGCCGUGACGAGCCCGCCACUCCAACCCAGCAGACCAAAACCUCCUCAACCUCUGCGCCCACCGAAACAGCCAAGAGCAAGAGUUUCCUCAGCGAGCUGAUGGGCAAGCAUGGUCUCGGCUCGAUCAUGGGCCACGCCCACCACGGCGUCGGCCUGUUCCCUAUGCGCCGUGACACCGACGAGAUUGAUGCCCGUGGCGCCGCACCCCCUAUCCAGGGCUCUACCCUGACUGAUGUGCUCUUGCAAGGCGGUGCCCUCGGAAAACUCACCAAGAUGCUGUCCCCUGCUACUCCACCCAAGGGUCCCCAUGGCGAUCCUUACACUGUUGGUGAUGGAACUAGCAACGGUCCCCCUGACCCUGCUUCUGGUGCUGGUCCUCACAGAGGUCCUGGUGUCGCUGGUGAGCGUGGUGAUCAUGCCGCUGCGGCUUCUGUUGCUGGUGGCGCUGCUCAUCCCCAGUAA